AUGGUGAGACCAAUAAUACUUUAUGGCAGCAUUGUCUGGUGGCCUAGAAUUAGGUUACAGACGUGCAGAACGGCACUGGGCAAAUUGCAAAGAACUGCAUGCCUAGCAAUAACGAGUGCGUUUAGAACUACGCCAACUGCAGCAUUGGAGAUUAUUCUGGGAUUGCCCCCACUGCACUUGGCGCUAGAAGUAGAUGCAAGGAAGGCGCUGCACAGACUGAAGGGGGCGGGACUUUGGAGUACAUCCAAACCUUGCACCAAGCACACAAGGAUGGGGAGCGAUCCUCAAUUAGAUGCAAUAAUGGACAUGGGUUGUGAUACAAUGCAGCCUAGGUACAUGUUUAGCAAGGAUUUCAAAGUGUCUAUACCAACAAGGGAAGACUGGAAAAGAGGACUAAAACGUCAACAAGACAGCCUGAUCUGGUAUACUGACGGCUCCAAGAUGAACUCAGGAACAGGAGCGGGCGUCUACUCCAAACAAUCUGAGCACAGUGAAAGCUUAGGGAGGUUUGCAACAGUGUUUCAAGCUGAAACCUAUGCUAUAAUCAUGUGCGCAGUAAGGAAUAUAGAACAGGCGCAUAAAAAGCGUGACAUUUACAUAUUAAGUGACAGUCAGGCAGCACUCAAAGCCAUUGCCUCAGUGAGGGUUGGAUCCAGACUCGUUCUGGAGGCAAUCUUGGCACUGAAUAAACUUGGAAGGCACAACAGGGUGACCCUCAUGUGGGUACCUGGACAUACUGGAAUCGAAGGCAAUGAGAGAGCCGACAGUCUAGCGAGACAAGGGUCAGAGGCGGCACCUAUUGGGCCAGAGCCGAUAGUGCCCUUAUCUAUGAGCACUUUACACAUGGCCAUGAGGCAAUAUAUAUCCAGGAAGCACAGAGCUGAAUGGGAAAGCUCCAACGGUAUGAGCCACUCCAAACUAUUCCUAGUUGGAAACACAAGAUCAUGGGAAAAGCUCAUACUCAAUGGAAACAGAAGGCAAGCCCGAGUGAUCACGGGUGCGCUGACAGGACACUACACUACAAACCACAUGCUCCACAAAAUGGGCCUAACUACGGAUGACAGCUGUCGAGCAUGUGGAGAACAUGCGGAGUCCAUGAAACACCUACUGUGCGAAUGUGACGCGCUAGCUAGAACUAGAAUGGGUCUCCUGGGGUCGGCUUAUCCGACACCAGAAGAAUAUAGGUCCUUCUCACCCAAGCUCUUGAUCCACUAUAUGGAUAGGAUCUUUGCGGAUGAGGGGGGAUAA